AUGUUGACUCUAGAGUGGGAGUCGGAGGGACUGCAAACAGUGGGUAUUGUUGUGAUUAUAUUUGCAUCUCUGAAGCUGCUUCAUUUGCUGGGACUGAUUGAUUUUUCAGAAGGUUUCCUCUACGCUCAGAACAGUACCAAACGCAGCAUUAAAGAGCGACUUAUGAAGCUCUUACCCUGCUCGGCUGCCAAAACGACAUCUCCUGUUACUCAAAACACUGUAGAAGAUGAAAUGGAAAUGGCCACAGUACGACAUAGACCUGAAGCUCUGGAACUCCUGGAAGCACAGAGUAAAUUCACAAAGAAGGAACUUCAAAUCUUAUAUAGAGGUUUCAAGAACGAAUGUCCUAGCGGUGUUGUCAAUGAAGACACCUUCAAAGAAAUUUACUCUCAGUUCUUUCCACAGGGAGAUUCCACAACUUAUGCACAUUUUCUGUUUAAUGCAUUUGACACUGAUCAUAAUGGAUCGGUAAGUUUUGAGGAUUUUGUUAUGGGUCUCUCAAUUUUACUCCGAGGGACAGUACAGGAGAAACUGAACUGGGCUUUCAAUUUGUAUGAUAUAAAUAAGGAUGGAUAUAUAACUAAAGAGGAAAUGCUUGAUAUCAUGAAAGCAAUAUACGAUAUGAUGGGGAAAUGCACUUAUCCUGUUCUCAAGGAGGAUGCACCUAGACAACAUGUGGAAACAUUUUUCCAGAAAAUGGACAAAAACAAAGAUGGAGUAGUUACCAUAGAUGAAUUCAUUGAGAGCUGCCAAAAAGAUGAGAAUAUAAUGCGUUCCAUGCAGCUCUUUGAAAAUGUGAUUUAACGAAGAUGUUACUAGCUCAGCAACUAAUGGACAAAUAAGAGCUAUUUUGCGACAUCACCUAAAAGAUGGAGUUCCCAUGUUUAUCAUAAAUAAAAUUACUCAGCUUUACACUGAGAUAUGUAUUAUGCAAAUAAGCCCCCCCCCUUUUUUUUUAUGAUGAAGCCCCCCACUAAAACUUUCCAACUGUUAAAAUUAUAUAAAUUAUCACUUUAACAGUGGCUACUUAGUUGAACAUGAUUGUUAUAAAAUUUCAGCUAUCUGCUCCAAAGCCAGACAAAAUAGGACCUGACAUUAUACAGCUUUAUUAUUAUUCCAGCCCCUAGAUGAAACAAAUACCAUCACAAGGAGAUUAAAAACUGCUAGUUUUGCUACUCAUUUGUACUGGAUUCAGCUCCAGGUGUUUGACUGUAUUUCUUAAAUGUUAGCUGCUAAUUUAUACAGAGGCAUUGCUAUGUAUUUUCUUUUCACAUUUGUAUGAUAUAGUCCUCAUUUUUUUUUGAAUAAUACUUUAACUCAAAGUGCUAUAAUCAAUGUGCAAUGCACAUCUUCCUGAAAUGGCCUUCCACCUUUGACUUGCUUCUCUCCUCUUACAUAAAUAAAUAAAUAAAUAAACAAACAAACAAACAAAAACUUGCCUCCACACAACAAAUAAAACAGCUGUUAUGAGAGGAAGAACCACUUUAUAACAAAAAAAUGCUGGUAAACUUUCAUCACUUGUGUCUAGCUAAUAAAUCUGCAUUCAAUUUUUUAUGACAUGUAUAUCAGGAGUCUGAUAUACUGUAUUUCUAAUUCUUGUUGAAUGUGUCAGUUCUCUGCUUAAAAUUAAGGAUCUUCUGAGUUGACUCUUCUCAAGAAGAAAAGAAAAUCUGACUGGAUUCCAGAAUUGUUUUCAUAAGUAUGUGUCUUACAGCUUUUAAUGAAGAAAAAAGUAAAAAGUUCUUUUGAAGCUUGCAUUCUACUGUUAAGUACUCAGGAUGAGUAUCAGUACAUAGUAACAUCAUUAAUAAUGGAUGCUAAACAGGCUAACAUCUGUUUCAUCUUUAAUUAUUAGAAAGAAGCAGAAAGAAAGGGAAAUUGCAUUUUUUAGGAUCAUUAUAUUGUUAUGAUUAGAACUAUGUUAAUUCUGAAUCUAGAAAAAUAAAAAAAAAUCUGAAAUAUACAACACUUUCUGCCCUCCACAUUUCAUUUUUAUGAUUUACUGACCAGAGAUUUUAUAUGCUAAUAUUCAAAAAUAUGUAAAAUGCUAUCAGAGAUAGACCAAUCUUCAUUGUGACAUUGCUGCAGAAGAUGUGAAAGGGGAUUAAAGAAGUAGAAAGAAUGCUACAAACAUUUUUUUGCAAAAAUAAAUCAGGUAUCUAUUCUGGUGUAGAGAUUGGAUGUUAAGAGGCAUGUUGAACACUGCUCUGCUAUCACCAGUGUAGAAUAAGAGUAGUACAAUACAUGUACACCUGAAAUUUGCUGUCGUGUGUUUGUGUAAACUAAAUGUGCAUAUUUUGUAAAAAAUAAAUAAAUAUAAAAAUCAA